AUGACACCGAAGAUCGACUUGGAAGUCGGAGAGAUCCUCCGCCACCGCCGACUCUACCCGUCGAUGGUGGACAGCCCGGAGCUCCGCUGGGCCUUCAUUCGCAAAGUCUAUGCCAUCCCCACCGUCCAGUUCCUCCUCACCAUCGCCGUCGCCGCCACCGUCGAUUUGGUCCGUCCGAUCGCCUACUUCCUCGUCAAAACCCUCGCCGGCUUGCUGUCAAUAUCACCGGCCGUCUUCAUCAUUGCCCUCGCCUAUAUAAUAAGCUUAAUUAGAUUAUUCUUUUUUGAGGUGCUGGUUGCUUUGCUCUUUUACGCCACUAAGCACCCGGUGAAUAACCUCUUGAUUGGGCUUUUCACCAUCUGUCUUGGACUUAUGGUUGGAGUGGUUGGUCAUUUGAUGAAUUGGAAAACAGAGAAGGUGAUUUUGGAGGCUUGGGGUCUAACCACUAUGAUUUUCAUUAGCUUGACAUUGUACACAUUCUGGGCUGCAAGAAGAGGCCACGAUUUCGGCUUUCUUGGUCCUUUUCUAUUUGCAGAUUUGGUUGUUCUUCUUGGAUUUGGUUUGAUUCAGUUAUCGAGCUCUUUCUAUUUUUCACCCUGUGGCAUGGGUAAGAUCAGUCGUAUGAUAUACGGCAUUGUGGGUUGUAUCAUCUUCUGUUACUACAUUGUCUAUGACACGGAUAAGCUGAUUAAGCGCCACCACUAUGACGACUACAUGCUGGCUGCAAUCGAGCUGUAUUUGGAUGCGAUCUACCUCUUCUCCAGUAUGAUCGCGGCUAGUGAUAGCUAA